AUGGCUACCCAGGACGCCACGCAGCUCUGGGAAGCCGUGCGUGAUUUAUCGGAUAUCGAUCUGGACAACAUCCAGACAACGAUCACCAAAUUCUAUAGCAACUUUCAUCUUUAUUCAAAAGCUUCUUUUAGUGGUCAAAAUAACGCGAUCCCGCUACAAUUUGGCGAUAAAGUACAAUAUGUGCGAGUGGACGAUUUUGUGCACGUUUUCCUAGAUUUUCUACACCAAAAAGUGCAACUACAUACCGAUAACCGGUAUACCAGUACAAAACCGAUGUUUCCCGCUCCAAAAACCCUGAAACUAAAAAACAUGGCUACAUUGAAGAGCCAUUUGAACAUGGCUACAUUUGACCCCAACGAUGCAGUUGACGACGAAUUCCUGCAGUUGACCUCUGUCCAUGCAGCAAACACGACACCAAAACGUCGAAUCACUACAACUUUAUUGACAUCCAAGAAGAAGACAGUCCUGACGCGUCCAUUGCCUCUAGAUAUUGCAUUUCCACCAUUACAACCAUCGGAAAGCAUUACAAAGUCAUCAUUGUCAACCAAGAGGUCUUUAUUAGAGAAAAGGAUGGCUACUUCAAGCUCCAUCGUGCCACCAUUACCUUGGGGACCAACACAAAUUGUCAACAAGCCAAUGCUAUGGUCAAAAAAAGAGUAA